CGCUUCCGCAUCUGCCCCGCUCGCCUUCGCACCCAACCAUCGCCGAGGCCGCAACUCAGGCUCUCGAGGGUUUUGUGCCACAGCGCGUCCGCGCCAAGCCCCGACGCUCCACCCCGCCGAGUUUUUUCGACCCGCGAGGAGGGCUCGAAACCCUAGCCUCGCCGCCGCCACUAUGCCUCGUCGCAUCCACGAUGAGGAGGAGGAGGAGGAAUACGACAUGGAAGAGGAAGAGGACGAGGAGGACGACGAGAAGGAGAGGGGCGGGAAGCGAUCGCGCGGCGGGGGCCGCGGGAAGCGCUCGCGCGGCGUCGAGAGCUACAUCGACGAUGCGGCCAGCGAGGACGACGACUACGGGGGCGGCGGCCCUGGGCGUGGCUCCAAGAGGAUGCGGUCGUCGAUCCUGAUUGACGACAUGGCCCAGGUCGACGAUGACGACGAUGUCGACGACGAUGGUUCCGCUGGCGAGCCCGACUUUAUUGAUGAUACUCAGGAUGAUGAUGACAUCUGUGGCAAUGAUGUCAGACAGAGGCCUAUGCCUCAUUCUAGCUCUAUGAUGGAAGACGAAGAAGCUUUACAAGAGUAUUUGAGGCGUUUACGAGAAAGAUCUAGAUGUGGGACAACGUCCCAUUCUGACUAUGACGAGGAAGUAACUGAAGUUGAACAGCAAGCUCUCUUACCCUCAGUGAAGGAUCCAAAGCUUUGGAUGGUCAAAUGUGCGAUUGGACAUGAGCGGGAGACAGCGGUUUGUCUAAUGCAGAAGUUCAUUGAUAGGCCAGACCUCCAGAUAAAAACUGUUGUUGCAUUAGAACACCUAAAGAAUUUCAUUUACAUUGAAGCAGAGAAAGAAGCCCAUGUCAGAGAGGCUUGCAAAGGUUUGAGGAAUAUCAUUGCUUCAGCAAAAAUAAUUUUGGUUCCUAUAAGAGAAAUGGCCGAUGUCCUAUCUGUUGAGAGCAAAUCUGUUGAUCUUUCAAGGGACUCGUGGGUUCGGAUGAAGCUAGGUGUAUAUAAGGGUGAUCUUGCUAAGGUUGUUGAUGUUGACAAUGUGCGCCAAAAGGUGACUGUUAAGCUCAUUCCGAGAAUAGAUUUACAAGCGCUGGCAAAUAAACUGAAUGGGAAUGAGGUUGCUAAGAAGAAGUCAUUUGUUACCCCACCAAGGUUCUUUAGUGUUGAUGAGGCGAGGGAGAUGCACAUUCGUGUCGACAGGAGGAGGAAUAGAGAUUCUGGUGAAUACUUUGAUGUUGUCGACAGUUUUAUGUUCAAAGAUGGCUUCCUGUACAAAACAUUCUCUAUGAAAUCAAUUAGAACACAGAAUAUUCAGCCCUCAUUUGAUGAAUUGGAGAAGUUCAAAAGACCUGGUGAUGACCUGAAUGAGGAUGUGGCUAGCUUGUCCACUCUGUUUUCAGAUAGGAAAAAAGGCCACUUCAUGAAAGGUGAUGCUGUAAUUGUUAUUAAAGGUGAUCUCAAAAACUUAAAGGGCUCUGUUGAGAAGGUGGAGGAUGGUACAGUUCACAUUCAACCAAAACUACCUGGGCUUCCGAGAACGCUUGCCUUCAGUGAAAAGGAUCUCUGUAAAUAUUUCAAUCCUGGAUACCAUGUAAAAGUCGUAUCUGGAGUUCAAGAAGGCGCAACAGGCAUGGUUGUCAAAGUGGAAGGGCAUGUUUUAAUCAUUUUAUCAGACACUACCAAAGAACAUAUCCGCGUGUUUGCAGACCAUGUUGUGGAGAGUUCUGAGGUCACCACAGGGAUUACAAGAAUUGGUGAUUAUGAAUUGCAUGACCUUGUUCUUCUUAACAACUUAUCAUUUGGGAUAAUUAUACGUGUGGAGAGUGAAGGAUUUCAGAUUCUGAAGGGAGUGCCUGAUAAACCUGAAUUGGUCCUUGUAAAACUGAGAGAAGUAAAGAGUAAGAUUGAUCGACGCACAUCUGCUAAAGACCGAUCCAAUAAUAUUGUGUCAACUAAAGAUAUUGUGUGGGUUGUUGAAGGAGCAUGUAAGGGAAAGCAAGGUCCUGUGCAACAUAUACACAGAGGCAUACUUUUUAUCUAUGAUCGCCACCAUCUUGAACAUUCAGGAUUUAUCUGUGCAAAAUCACAAUCUUGUGUCCUUGUUGGGGGCUCAGCCAGCAGCCACAGUGGGAAUGCAAUGGAUACAGCUGAUCCAAAUUUUCGCGCUUUUAGCUAUCCAGCAAGGAUUUCAGAGUCUCCAGGGAGGCUGCCCCCAAGAGGACCUCACAUGAAUUCUGGUGGAAGGUUUGGAGGGAGGGGUGGUGGUGGCAGAGGGAAUGAUGCCUUUGUCAAUAGAUGUAUCAAAAUCAAAUCUGGCCCAUACAAAGGAUAUCGUGGCCGUGUGAAAGAAGUAACUGGUGCACUUGUGCGUAUUGAGCUUGAUUCGCUGAUGAAAAUUGUCACAGGUAAAGAGGAUGUUGGUGACACAGCUGCUGUUGCAACACCAUUUCGUGAAAUCCAUUAUUCAAGGGGUGUUGAAACACCUGUGCUUCCAUCUCAAACACCACUACAUCCUAUUCAGACUCCGAUGCGGGAUCCUGGAGCGACCCCAAUUCGUGAUGGAAUGAGGACUCCAAUGCCUAAUCGAGCCUGGGUGCCAAUGAGCCCCCCUCCAAGGGACAACUGGGAAGAUGGAGAUCCGUCCAAUUGUGCUAGUAGUCCAUAUUACCAGCCUGGAACUCCACAAGCUAGACCUUAUGAAGCUCCCAGUCCUGGAUCAGGGUGGGCUGGUUGGGGUGAUGCUUCAGGAAAAGCUCAAAGCACGUGCGCAACAGGUUGGGGUGAUACUUCAGGAAAUGCUCAAAGCACGUGUGCACCUUCAACGCCCAUUGUGCAACCGACGACCCCAGUGUCUGCUGCGUCCUAUUUGCCUGGUACUCCAGGUGGCCAGCCGAUGACUCCAGGAUAUGCAGGAAUGGAUUCCAUGUCUCCUGUAAUAGGUGGGGAGGCUGAGGGCAACUGGCUUCUGCCAGAUGUUUUGGUGAGCGUCUCCAGGGGAGGGGAUGAGGUCACAGACGCUGUUGUGAAGGAAGUGCUCCCGGAUGGUUCGUGUCGUGUUGCCCUUGGGUCGCAGGGCAACGGAGAUGAACUGAUUGCAACUGCAAACGAGCUAGAGGUGGUCAGACCGAAGAAAAACGAGAAGCUCAAGAUAAUGAACGGCUCCAUGCGUGGAGUCACGGGGAAACUAGUUGGAAUUGAUGGGUCUGAUGGCAUCGUGAGGGUGGAAGGUAGCUUAAACGUGCAAAUAGUUGACAUGGUGAUUCUUGGUAAAGUGGCUGCUUGAGGACGCUUCUUAGUUUAGUACCCAAUCUAACUUGGCGUAUUUUAUUACCCCAUGAACAUGAGUACCAAAAAUGUACUUUUUUCUGGAAAAGGACGGCAAGAGCUUUGCCAGAUGUAUUAUUAGACGGAGAAAGAAGAAAAGGGAGAAAAAGGGAAACAUUACUAAGAUCA